AUGUCAGAGGUUACGAAGGGAAUAUCAAAACCUGCAACAACUGCAACGGCAACGACAACAUCAGCAGCAACGGCAACGACAAUGCCAUCUAAACCUUCAACAAAUUUAAACUCUAGUACACCCCGACCAAAAGGUAGACCAAGAGUGUUUCCAGUGGCACAACGAAAGAAAGUAUCAAGAGCAUGCGAUUUAUGUAAACAAAGAAAGAUGAAAUGUAAUGGAGCUUUACCUUGUUUAUUCUGUAAACUGAAAUCUUUGAAUUGUUCAUACUUAAAGGUUGAUGGUCGAUCCCUAAAAUCAAAAGCUUAUAUUGAAGCUCAACAGAAACAAAAUCAACAAUCACAGACAUCAACACUUCCACAAUCUCAGAUAUCAACACUCCCACUACCUCAAGGUUCACCAACCAGUCAAGUAAUAGCCCCAGAUGCACAAAGCCCGUUAGGUCCUUCACCGAUCUCAUCGCUCCUAAUAAAUAACCGGACCCCCAUCGGAUCAACUCCAAUAUCUCCCUUGACUACCAGAAGAUUAUCUGUACAUGAAAGUCAAUUGCCUUCAUUAAUGAAUAAACCAAAUACGAAUGGAAUGAAGAUAGAAAAACCAAAGAGAGCCGCAUCUAUAACAGCAUCAUCUCCAAAAGUUUCCGGGGUAGUGCCAAUAAUGGGCACCAAUGCAACCCCACUUACUAAAUCAAAUACAAUAGACUCAGUACUAACGAAUUCUAGUACUUCAAGUACAAAUACCGGAAUGUCCACUGCCCCUACAUCUAAUAACCGCCAAUCACCACCGCAAGUCUCAUUAUCAGUGAUAUGUCGUAGUUUACAACACGCUUUAGUUGAUGACACUCACAAUGGAAACUCAAUAGAUAAGAUAAAGACCGCUCUCAAUCUUUCUAGAGGAACUCAGAGUGAGGGCUUACUGAAUCUUAAUGGUCAACAUACUCGAAUAUUAUAUAAUCAGACUGGCGAUAUGAGAUUCUUUGGUGAAAGUUCGGCUCUUUCUUUAUUGAGUGAAUGUCGGUCAUUGUUUUAUGAUACAUUAGGUCCAUCAACUUUUACGAAUGACCCAAGACAAGAAUAUAUAAUUGAUGAAAGUAGUGAUUAUACCAAACCAACUUUACCUAUGCAACUUCCACCUAAGGAUAUAGCAUUGAUUUUAAUUGAUAUGUUCCAAAGAGAUAUUAAUGAUACAUUCUAUGUAUUCAAUAUGAAAUAUUUCAUGAAUCAAAUAGUGGAACCAAUUUAUGCCAAUCCAUAUAAGGCAAAUACGAGAAAAUUAUGUUUAUUACAUCUUGUAUUUGCAAUUGGAACAUUAUUUGUUGAAUAUUCUCCAGAAAUCAAUUUGGAUUUACCUAGUUCGGAAGAGUUUUUAGCUGGUGCGCAAACGUUAAUGAGGGAUAAUGUCUAUGAUGGGAAAUUAUGGAUGGUUGAAGCUAAUUUCUUAAAAUAUUUCUAUUAUCAAGCUUGCUGUAAUCGAUCAAGUUCCUGGAUGGCAUUAGGUAUAGCAAUCAGAGCCGCCCAAGCUUUGGGUCUUCAUCGUCGAGUUAUAAAUUCUCGCUUUGCAGAUCGAGCAAUUGCCAAUCAUAGAAGACGAUUAUGGAGAAGUCUUUUUGUAUGUGAUUGUGUGAGUAGUGUGAAUUUGGGACGGCCAUUAUUGGUAAGUGGAUAUGAUUAUGAUGAUGCAAAUUGUGAGAUCCAAGAAGAUGAUAUAGAAGAUGAAGAAAGGAUUAGAAUCAUGUGUCAGAAAGCUACUAGUGAUUCUGCAAUCAUAAAUGGCCGUAUUGUUGAGAAUAUCUUUAAGGAUGGUAGAAUUAAUAUUAAACGAGCCCAUCUAUUAGCAUUGGAAUUAAAAUUAUGGUCGAUCCAACUACCUCAAGAAUUACAAUUAACUUCAGCCUUGGAGAAACAGUUAGAACUGGGUGCAAAUGGCAAUAAUUAUUUAUUGGUAUUUGUUCAUAUAGGUCAAUUAUAUGGGAUUAUGGCAUUAACACGUCCAUUUUUGGUGUAUGUUGUCACGCGCAAAUUAAAACCAGAAACUAAAUCACAAGUUAAAGAUGAACAUUCAUUAAUGAGUUUUUGUAAAGCAUGUAUCAAAGCAAGUUUUUUGGUUAUCAAGUUAUUAAAAUUCUAUACAGUCCAUAAUAAUUAUCGCAAGGAAGUGUUUACUAUUCAAAGUGCAUGCUUUUUUGCAUCCAUUAUACUAGGAUUUACUUUAUUAGAACAAAAGAACCUGGCAAAACCUGAUCUUCAUUAUAUGGGUGUAUUAGAAGAAGCAAUUAAAGAUGGUAUUGAUAUCUUAUCAACUUAUGCCGGCUUCAACAAUACUUGUAAAAGAUGGUGUCAGCAUUUAGAAAAUAUGAUGAUUGCAUUGAAUUGUGAAGAAGGUGUAGAUGAACUGUGUGCUUCAUCUAUAUCUAGUGAAGUUGAACAGUUUAAUCAUGAGAUUGUAAGUUGGAAUAUUGAGAAUAAGGCAUUGGAAGAAUUAUUGAAUUUCCAACAAUAUUUCGUCCCAGUGGAUGUGACAACUCAAGAUAAUUUACAAGAUUUAUUAAAUAUUAAUCUGAAUGAUUAUUUGAAUGCUUUCAAGUAUGAUAAUCGAGAUCACAUCGUAUUUGGAGCGAGACAACAUGAUGCUUAG